AAUGUGCUUGCUUAAAUAUGCAGAAGCAAUCUUAGUUGAAGCUUCUUAACUUGGCCAUGGACUUCUCUAAACUUCCAAUGUUUGUUCUCGGGCUUAUUGAACGAACACAAAGGACAGUUCGGGGAUCUGCAGAUGAUAUAGGAUGGCUGCAGUGUGAUCCAGAGAUGCCUCCAGAAGAUGGAACUGAAAGGUUUAUGGAAAUUCUCAAUAACGUCAGGGAUGGUCAGCGGUCCAUACUACCAAACUCGAUGGUCUAUUUAUUAGUUCCAGGUCUGUUCAGCAACCAUGGGUCUCUUUACUUUGUCAGUAUUCAAACAAGCUUCUCAAACAUGGGUUUGACCUGUCAUAUUGCUAAAAUUCACAGUGAGGCUUCAGUUGAGAAAAAUGCGAGAGAGAUAAAAGAGUGCAUCGAGGAAAUUUAUCAGGGUUCAAAGAAACGUGUUUUACUUCUUGGACAUAGCAAAGGAGGAGUAGAUUCAGCUGCUGCUUUAUCUAUUUAUUGGUCUGAAUUGAAAGAUAAAGUUGCUGGUUUGGCAUUAGCUCAGAGUCCAUAUGGUGGAAGCCCAAUAGCCUCAGAUAUUUUGAGAGGAC